AACAAACAGGAAGUGAUGCUGCUUAGCCUUUCAGAGGCGAAACUGUGCAUGGAUCUAAUGAUGAUGAAAAAGAAAAAAUUCAAGUUCAGGGUGGAUUUUGUUCUGGAUGAGCUGUCGUCCGUCCCUUUCGUCAACGGUGUCCUCUUCUGUAAAGUCAGGCUUCUGGACGGCGGGUUUUCCGAGGAGUCUUCUCGGGAGGCAGUUCAGGCCAACUGUGUGCGAUGGAGGAAACGGUUUUCUUUCCCCUGCAAAAUGAGCGCCAAUGCAGGAACGGGCGUACUGGACCCCUGUGUGUGUCGUGUGUCUGUCAGAAAGGAGCUGAAGGGUGGAAAGGCAUAUGCAAAGCUUGGUUUUGCAGAUCUGAAUUUAGCAGAGUUCGCGGGCUCAGGGAAUACUACCCGCAGAUGUCUCCUUGAAGGCUAUGAUACCAAAAAUACUCGGCAGGAUAACUCCAUUCUCAAGGUCAUCAUCAGUACACAGCUCAUGUCAGGAGAUCCCUGUUUCAAAACGCCUCCCUCCACAGCCACAGUGAUUGGGAUCCAGGGUGAUGGAGAGGGUCUGCUUGAGGAGAGGAGAGGAGGCGACUCGCAGAAAAGCUGCUCUGGAGAGAAUCGAGAAGGGAAGUGUCCUGUUGUGUCAGACGAGCUGGGGGGCUGCGGCCACUCCCGAACAUCAAGCUAUGCCAGCCAGCAGUCCAAGCUCUCAGGCUACAGUACAGGUCACUCCCGUUCAUCCAGCAUCUCAGAGUUCAGCCACCGGAGGAAUCAUUCUGUGGGGAGCGCCUCCACAGGCAUUGGAAGCUUACCUGAGCCCAGUGAGGAUCGGGAGUCCAGGCCCUGCCCAGCUCUGCCCGAACACCCACUGCCCACAGCCGCUAGAGACCCACCAGGGACGCCGGUGCGGAGCGCUUCGUCCUUUGAACGUCUGAACAGACACCCUGUGAAACAGGACUCCAUGGAGUCUCAGCUAAAGCGAAUGGAUGACACGAGGGUUGAUGCUGACGAUGUUGUGGAAAAAAUCCUGCAGAGCCAAGAUUUUACGCCUAGUCUUCUAGACUCCAGCACCGAAGAGGAAGGCCUGCGUCUAUUUGUUGGGCCCGGAGGAAGCACAGCCCUUGGAAGCCAUCACCUUCCCACCAGGGUUGGUGCUGGAGCGUACGAGCAGGUGGUCAUUAAGCGUUAA